UAAUUUCAUGCCGAAUAUUGAGGGUAUUACUUUUCCUCCGAUGCAUUCCUAGAUAUGCAUUUCCCGAACUUACAUUUCCUUCUCGCGCCCUUUCUCUAUAAGGUCGUGGUCUCCGCUGGUCAAGCCUCCGCCGCAGACGAUUUAUCUGUCCUGACCACAGAGACAGCGAAGGCCAACAACGACUCGUUAUUAUGGGGUCCCUACAAGUCCAAUCUCUAUUUUGGCGUCCGCCCUCGCAUCGCCAAUAGUCUGUCCGCCGGGUUGAUGUGGGCUAAGGUGGACAAUUAUGCCACCGCGCAAGCCAACUUCAGACAUACUUGCGAGCAGAAUGAAGGCAUGGCUGGUUAUGGCUGGGACGAGUACGAUAUCAGGAAAGGCGGCCGGCAGACAAUCCAUGACACCGGCAACUCCUUGGACUUGACAAUCGACUUCAUCAAGGUCCCUGGUGGACAACACGGCGGCAGCUGGGCUGCCAGAGUGAGAGGUGUCCCGCGCGAAGACGGUUCCCCAGACCAGCCUACAUCGAUCGUCUUCUAUGCUACGUUGGAGGGUCUGGGUAAUCUGGGUGUUGCGACGGAAUCUGGUCCUCUUGGAUACGAGGGGGACGUGCAAUUGACAGGAUAUACAACCGAUCUUGCAGACUUUUCCAUCGAUGUGACUGCUGGCCCUGGAACCAAUGAGCAUCCUGAACAUGGGCACCCGUCCUACGAGGACAAGCCGCUGGAUCGCACUCUGGUUUCCAGCUCUACCAUUGCACCUGAGAACCUCUGGCAGGUGAAAGCCCUUCUUUUCGCGCAGAUGAAGUCCGAAGUCAAUGAGAUUAUACAGAGAUUUGGUCAGGAGAAUCCUCCUCCUCCAGCGCAAGUUUUUACGAUCAAAAGCGCGCCUGGCGACGGGAACAUUCACCUCGUUCAGAAGGUGUUCAAGGGUGCUUUUGAGUUCGAUAUCCUGUUCAAUUCUGGGUCUUCUCCAGAUCCCGUGACGUCCGACAAGCUCACCGAAGAGAUCUCCAGCGCAUCCCAAUCGUUCUCUGAACGCUUCAACAAAGUCAUUCCACCGCAGUCUCCUUUCGAUACUGCGGAAUACACCGAGUUCUCCAAGGCUAUGUUGUCGAAUCUCAUUGGCGGCAUUGGCUUUUUCCAUGGAGAUGAUGUUGUUGACCGCUCCGCAGCACCAGAGUACGAUGAAGAAAACGAAGGUUUCUGGGAGGAGACGGCCGAGGCGAGGGGCCGAGCUCAGCCUGUUCUUGAAGGGCCCAAGGACCUCUUUACUUGUGUCCCGUCUCGCCCCUUUUUCCCCAGAGGAUUUCUAUGGGAUGAGGGAUUCCACCUGAUACCUGUGAUUGACUGGGACACUGCCCUCGCGCUCGAAAUUGUGAAGAGCUGGCUGAAUCUGAUGGACGAGGAUGGCUGGAUUGCUCGAGAGCAAAUCCUUGGUGCCGAAGCCCGCAGCAAGGUGCCGCCAGAAUUUACGGUACAGUAUCCCCAUUAUGCCAACCCGCCGACUCUGUUCAUGGUAUUGGAGGCUUUCCUGGAUAAGCUGGAGGCUAGCAAGGGCGCCGCUUCUCAAGCCCUCGGCGACCAGGGCGCGCUGGACGGUCUGCGUAUGACCUAUUUACAAAAGCCGGAAAUGGGCGAAGCAUUUAUUCGAUCGAUCUAUCCGCUGCUCAAGCGGCAUUACUUUUGGUACAGGACUACCCAAAAAGGAGACAUCAAGUCGUACGAUCGGGAAGCGUUUUCCACGAAAGAAGCAUACCGCUGGCGAGGAAGGUCCCCUCCCCAUCCAGGCGAGCUGCAUGUGGAUUUGAUCAGCUGGAUGGGAAUGAUGACUCGUGCCAUGCGACGGAUCGCCGAGUUUGUUGGCGAGACCGAGGAUGUGGAAGAAUUUAGAGGGUACGAAACGGCGAUUGCGCGCAACAUCGACGAUCUUCAUUGGGAUGAUGAGGCACAGACGUACUGUGAUGCGACCAUCGACGAAUUCGAGGAAAGUGUCCAUGUUUGUCACAAGGGCUAUGUCUCCCUCUUCCCGUUCUUGACAGGCAUGCUGGACCCUGAUAGUCCUCGACUCAAGGCUGUUCUGGAUUUGAUCAGGGAUCCAGAAGAGCUUUGGAGCGACUACGGUAUCCGCAGCUUGAGCAAGAAAGACGAGUUCUACGGUACUGCCGAGAACUAUUGGAGAAGCCCGAUCUGGAUGCCCAUCAACUAUUUGGUGGUCAAGAAUCUUUACGACAUUGCAACCACAUCUGGUCCUCAUCAAGAACAGGCCCGUGAGAUGUACUCGAGCCUGCGGAAAAACCUGGUCGAAAACGUCUUCAGACAAUGGAAGGAGACCGGAUUUGCCUGGGAACAGUACAACCCUGAAACCGGAAAGGGGCAACGGACGCAACACUUCACAGGGUGGACCAGCAUGGUAGUGAAGAUCAUGUCAAUGCCUGACCUGCCUGUCAACAAGCAGAUAGGUCAUGACGAGUUGUAGAAUUAUC